AUGUGUACUCCACUGAGCAGCACUAGUCUCCUGGCAAGCAGGUCUUCGCCAUCGUCCGCUGUGGAGAGGAGCUGGGAUGGUGGUGAAGAGUCGCCUGUUCCUAAGAGUCUCGUCUCCUUACCGGGCCCAUCACUCCUGUCCCGACGGCUGCUGAGGCUGCAGCCCUUCAAGAGCCACCUGGUGCCAAACCCGCGGCGCAAGCGGGAGAUGACACCGGCCAGCAAGAAGGACGCCCUGUACUGGGACAAACGCCGCAAGAACAACGAGGCGGCCAAGCGCUCACGCGAGAAGCGGCGCCUCAACGACAUGAUGCUGGAGGGCCAGCUGCUGGCCCUGAGCGAGGAGAACGCCCAGCUGCGUGCCGAGGUCUUCAGCCUGCAGUGCCACCCGCACCAGGGCAGGGAGCCGGACCUCACGCGCCCCUUCCCGCCGCCCACCGCCAUACAGUGCCCAGUGCCAGUUCAAGGACACCCGCUUAUGAGCCAGCCACCGUCCACUCUCUGGGGCUUCAAGGGCAGCUGUGUGCCCCUGCUGGAGGGGCCGAGAAGCAGGUCAGUUGGGAAAGUCUCUUGCCUGGCCCUGUCUCAGAGCCCUUUGAGUGUGUAUCAGAGGGCUCCGGACGUCUUCUCGGGGUCGUCUCCGCUGCUCCCCUCCUUUGUCCACCCCCAGAGCGCGGCCUGUGUUCCUCAUCCAGAGUUCAUCUUUAAGCCCACCAACCUCAGCCAGUCUUCGGCAGAGGCGUCGUCAAAACCAGACAAAGCAGCUCAGGUCUCUUCCAGCGAUGACGUUCCAGUGGGAGAAGAGACUGCCCCAACCCCACUCCAAAAGGCCUUUCCGCCCCAGUGGCAGGUUAUCCCUCCACAAUCCCUCCCCUCCUCUCCUCAGGGUAGCCCCAGCUGGCUGCUGCCUCAUCUCGGGCAAACUGCGCUCCAUGAUGGCUUACUGGUUCCCUGGAACUCCUCCUGCUUCUACCCUUCUUCACUUUACCCCAGCUUGCCCCUGUCGCUCUAUCUGCCCCUAAAACAGGCAGGUUGUACCAGGCACGUAACUGAAGCAUUCCGUUCGCGGAGCGUCCACUGCAACAAUUAGCUUCCACUGCAAUUAGUGGAACUGGCUACACACCAGAGGUGAUAGUGGCACGUUCAUUCAAAAAAUUAGAGAGGUCUUCUGAAACUAUUUUUACACUCCACGAACGGAGCACCUCAAGUGCGGACCUGGAGUAGCCCGUCUGAAAGACUCAAAAAACUGCAAAAAAUGAUGUGGAAAAAGCAGGUUUUAGAGAUUUACUUCAUCCUAUUUUUAACCUUUCAUACUGUUGUUUAACUGGUAGAAAAUAGCUUUUAUAGUUUUUGAUGA